UUUAAAAACGCUUAACAUUACGUUUAAUUUUUAUCUUCGACAAAAAAGAACCCACAGAGUAAACGUGUUAUACGUAACUUCGUAGGAAAGAACCAAUAUCAUAGUUAUGCUACUACAAAAUUUGAAUUUAAAACUUCUCAUUACGCGCAUACAUUAACGUCGAUUCAGUGCUAUUUAAACUUUGUUUUUAGUUUUCAUCCUUAACUGUGACUGUACCUUGAAUGCACGUUAUUUGGUUUCAUGAUUUGUUUACAUUUAACGAUCUGUGAUUGUGACGUGAUUUUUGCCGGUACUUGUACGUUACAGAUUAAUUAAAAGAUGAAAAUUGGAGUAAUUGGCGCUGGAAACAUUGGCCAAGCUCUGGUCAGGGGAAUUCUCGCUUCAGGGUUUGCCUCUCCUGAAGAAAUCUGGUUAAGUAGAAGAAACACAAGUCUUCUUGAUGAUUUUAAAGAGAAAGGGUGCCACAUUACAACCGAAAAUGCAGAGGUUGUGCAAAAUUCAGAGAUUAUUUUAGUGGGAGUGAAACCUCAUCAUGUUUGGUCUGUUUUGAGAGAAGUAAAAGAACAUGUUACAGCUGAUCAUUUGAUCAUUUCAGCUGCUAUGGGUGUUACUACAACAAAAAUGGAAGAGAUUCUUCCUCCAAUGUCUCGUGUGAUCAGAUGCACACCAAAUACAGCAGCUGUUGUUUUGGCUGGAGUCACUGUGUUUUCCUGUGGGAAGCAUACACGAAGAGGUGAUGCUGAAUUAGCGCGAAAAAUAUUUUCUGGAAUCGGCUUUACUGAGGAAGCAGAAGAAAAACUUAUGGAUGCAGUGACUGGUGUCAGUGGUGCUGGGCCAGCCUUUGUACUGAUGGCGAUUGAAGCUAUUGCUGAUGGAGGUGUCAAAAUGGGUUUACUAAAAAGUGUAGCUUUGAAAUUAGCUGCACAUACAGUCCUUGGAGCAGCAAAAAUGGUUAUAGAGACUGGUCAGCAUCCUGGGCUUUUAAAGGAUCAGGUUAUAUCUCCUGGUGGUGCUACAAUUAGAGGUAUUCAUGAACUGGAAAAAAAUUGCUUCCGAGGUUCUCUCAUGGCAGCUGUUGAAGUUGCUACUUUGCGCUCUAAAGAAACUGAAGAAGAGGCCAAUAAAUCUGUUUAAUUAUGUUGUGGGUAGAUAUUGAAUGUUAUACAUACGUAUGGUUUCUCUCUUUUUAUAUUUUUGCUGGGAGUUGCAGAAAAAUAGGCAUUUAGUCAUUUUUAUUUUAUAACUGAUUUUAACAGUAUCAAUUAUUGUAGCAACAAUUACAAUUUCUACUUGUUUCACAACCAGAUACAUAACUGAUCUAUUUCUAUGCAUUAAUUUUUUAUUUUGUUUUUUAAAAAAAAAUAACUAAAUUGUAAACAAAUAUUUCAAUUAAAUGUUUUGUUAGGAAAUUAACUAAAGUAGACUUCUUGUUAUAAAGGUUAAGGAUUUAUUGGGGAUUAUCUUCUUUCAUUAUACUCAAGAAUAUAUCAUAAGUAAAGUCACUACUGUACUAUUUUUUGAGGAUAGAGGAUUUUAUCUUAACUAAUUUUGGUUGUAUAAACUCUUAUAUCAACAACUACAAUUUCUACUUGUUUCACAACUAGAUACAUUAGUGUUCUAUUAUUACAUUAUUUAAAAGAAAUAAUAAUAACCAAAUACACAAAUAUUUCAAUGAAAUGUUUUGUUAGGAAAUUAACUAAUGUAGACUUUUUGUUGAUAUAAAGGUUAAGGAUUUAUUGGGCAUAAUCUUCUUUCGUAAUACUCAAGAAUACAUCAUAAGUAAAGUCACUGCUGUACUAUUUUUUUGAGGAUAGAGAAAAAUAUUUGCAAUUUAGUAUUGUUUACAAGUUCUGUUAAUUUUUUAAUUAUUAUUUCUAAUCACCUUUUAUGUUUUUGAAUCAUAUUGGAUAAUUGAGUUUACAAAUUAUAAGAAUCCUGUCAUCUUUAUGAUUGUGAAAUAUAUAUAUAAAACUGAAUCUUCUUUAAACUUAUCUUUCGCAGCACAAGUUAGUGAUUGUCUAGUAAACUUUCUAGCUUAGUAAGCACCUGAAAGUUCUCUUUUUUUUUAAAUGUAUUUAUUUAAUGUAAGAAAUGCUUCAAAAAAAAUUUUUGUGGCAAAGCUGACAAAAUGUUUAACCCUGAUUCUUUUUAUUACUAAUUAACAUUACUAUGUAAUGUUUUAUUGUUUCAUGGUAUUUCAACCGAAAGAAAACUAGUUUGCUAGACAGUUUUCUGCUCGAAAUAUGAGUUUUUAAGUUCAGAAUUGCAAAGAGUUAGAAGAUAAGCAUUUAAAUUCAUCAUCAUCUUGAAUAAACAAAUUUUAAAAAAUAAUAAUAUAAAAUUAUUAUGAAUUGUAAAUUUAUUUUAAAUAAUUAAGGUUUUAAUAAACAUUUCUAGUAUUUACUGUAGAUAAACUAAUGAAUGCGUCUUAUGGUUAAGGUAUAAUUGCAAUGUAUGUAAAUUUUAAAAAAAAUUACUGUCAAAGUAAAAAUAAGUAUAUUUAUAAGAUUUGGCGAGAUUUGUAAAGAUUGCCAGUGUAAUAUAAUGCAAUUUUUUUUUCUAAAUUUCCUAAGAAAUUCUCUUUAAUCUAUUCAAAAAUGAAUUUCAUAUUUACUUCACCUGACUACUAUUCUAUAUCAAAUAUUCCCAUAUCUAAAAUCAAACAGAAGUUUUCUAAUAUCUUUAAUUUUUGUGUAUAAAGUUAGGUUUUAUAUUGAUUGUACAUAUUUUUUGCAAAAAGGACUUAUUAAGAGAUAUUCUUAAUAAAGCAAAAAAACUAAAGUGCCAUUGCUUUUCAAAACCAAAUAUACGUGAAGAUGUGUUCCUUGUUUUCAAAAUACUAAAAAGCAAUUAAAAGUUAAAAGAUUUUUUUUAAUAAUGUAUUUUUUUACAUUUUCUUUUCUGCAUUAUUUUUUACACAAAACAGUGCAACAAAAUUACAAAACAAUGAUUUUUAUCUUCUCUAAAAAGCAAAAAGUAUACUAUAAGUAUUCUAUUCUGUUUAUAAGCAGGGAAUAAAAAAAUAUUUUGAAACACUUUACUAGUUUCAUUAAUGUUUUAAAAAAAUUAUUCAGUAUUAUUUUUAAUAAAACUGCUCUUGAUGAAGUUAAAACAAUUCAUAGUAGAUGGUCUCCAUUGAAUUAAGUAUUUGUUUAGUAGUAAUGUUUUUUUUAUCUUCUUCUCUUUUUUUGUUUCAAUGUACACCUAAAAUUAUAGAUUGAUUACAGCAUGUGACUUUGUUCAUUAGUUCUAUUUUGUAUUUCGUAUGUACAUUAAAUUUUAAAAAAACACCCGCUAGGACUUUUGUUCUAAUAUUGGAUUUUUAUGUACUUAGCCUCAAUAGUUUGAGGGGUGACCUCAAAUAUGCUAAUUCAUUACUGCAUGACACAAAAACUUACUUUUUCUGAAUAAGCAUACCUUUUUACGAUUUUUUUUAUAAUUAUUACUUCAAUCAAAAUAUGGCUAGGAGAGCAGUCCGAAGUUUGAACCCCUUAAUAAUUUUCUUUUUGCAAUAUUUCGCCAUAUCACAAAAACUUUUUAAGUGAAUUGAAAACAUUUUUGCACCCUAUUAUAAAAAUUUUUUAUCCAGAAAUCGUUCCAAACAAAAAUAAUUAUAUUAAUUGGUAGUCAAUAUUUCGCCAUAUCACAAAAACUUUUUAAGUGAAUUGAAAAAAAUUUUACACGCUAUUAUAUAUUAUCCAAAUAUUUGACUGCUGUCUUGACUAAGCUAUUGGGAUCAUAUUUCACACAUUGCAGAUACAUUUUAAGGGCCAGGAAUUCAAGU